AUGGGUAAAGAAAAAACUCACAUUAACGUCGUCGUCAUUGGACACGUCGACUCUGGCAAGUCAACAACAACAGGACAUCUUAUUUACAAAUGCGGGGGCAUCGAUAAACGAACAAUAGAGAAAUUCGAAAAAGAAGCCGCUGAACUAGGAAAAGGUUCAUUCAAAUAUGCCUGGGUCUUGGAUAAACUCAAAGCCGAGCGUGAACGUGGUAUCACAAUCGACAUUGCUCUAUGGAAAUUCGAAACCCCUAAAUAUUAUGUCACAGUCAUCGACGCUCCAGGACAUCGUGACUUUAUCAAGAACAUGAUUACAGGAACAUCUCAGGCUGACUGUGCCAUCUUGAUUAUCGCUGCCGGUAAUGGUGAAUUCGAAGCCGGUAUCUCCAAAGACGGUCAAACCCGUGAACACGCUCUUUUAGCCUACACCCUUGGUGUCAAACAACUCAUCGUUGCGGUCAACAAAAUGGACACAGCCAAGUGGUCUGAGGAGCGCUUCAACGAAAUCUGCAAAGAAGUUACCAACUUCAUCAAACGUGUCGGAUAUAACCCCAAGACCGUAGCUUUCGUUCCUAUUUCAGGAUGGCAUGGCGACAAUAUGUUGGAAGAAUCAUCUAAUAUGCCUUGGUUCAAGGGAUGGUCAAAAGAAACCAAGGCUGGUGCUUCCAAGGGUAAGACAUUGUUGGAGGCUAUCGACUCUAUCGAACCUCCGUCAAGACCUACGGACAAGCCUCUUCGUCUUCCACUCCAGGAUGUGUACAAGAUCGGUGGUAUUGGAACUGUACCUGUGGGUCGUGUCGAAACUGGUAUUAUCAAAGCCGGUAUGGUAGUUACUUUCGCGCCCGUUGGUCUCACAACUGAAGUCAAAUCCGUCGAAAUGCAUCACGAACAAUUGACCGAAGGUGUACCCGGAGACAACGUCGGUUUCAACAUUAAGAACGUCUCCGUUAAAGAAAUCCGCAGAGGAUAUGUCUGCUCUGACUCCAAAAACGACCCUGCCAAAGAAGCCGGAUCGUUCUUGGCUCAGGUUAUUGUGCUCAACCAUCCCGGUCAGAUUGGUGCUGGUUAUGCCCCAGUAUUAGAUUGUCACACUGCACAUAUUGCUUGUAAAUUUGCCGAGCUCCAAGAGAAGAUCGAUCGUCGUACCGGCAAGAAAUUGGAAGAUAACCCGAAAUUCGUCAAAUCUGGUGAUGCCGCUAUUGUAAAAAUGAUUCCAUCCAAACCCAUGUGUGUUGAAGCCUUUGCUGAUUAUCCACCACUUGGUCGUUUCGCCGUGAGAGAUAUGAGACAGACGGUCGCUGUCGGUGUCAUCAAGGGAGUUGAGAAAGUCGAAAAAUCUGGCAAGACCACCAAAGCUGCUGCCAAAGCGUCCAAGAAAUAA